CCUGAAAUUCUCGAUGAAAAUGGUCUGCAAAUUCAACCUCCGGGUAUGAAUAUGAUUAGUCUUCCGUUUGCAGACGAUAUGCGACCCAUUCCACCUAAAACCGAAAUAUCUCCUGAUUUGAAUCGAUUCUUCAAUGUUCUACAAGACAUGGCUCUAAACAAAGAUAUUGAACCAGAAACAGAAACGAAUGAUGCAACUUUACCUAAGUAUAACGCAAUCAACAAGCGUGCCGGUGAGUUCAUUAAGGUCUUUAACAAAGAAGCAGAAACCCAAAGUCAAGAAACGAUUCCAAGCCAAACAGACUUGGAGUCUGUUGGAUCUUACAGAGCAUCAUCAUCCAGAGUAUUUAGAUCUCUGACUUCUUCACAGGGAUCUCAAGCUGACAUUUCAACUUUAUACGAGUCUGGGAAG